AUGACGAGCUCGACCUCGUCCGGGGUGCGCCAGCCGCUGCUGUCCCCGACUGGCACUGCACCCGACCAGCCCGACCAGCAGCGGCCUGCGCCUGCGCCGCGCAGAGCGAGCGCGUCGGGCCGGUACGGCGCCCUCCCGAGCCGCGUCGCUACUCCAUUUCUGCGCCUCUCGUCCAUCCCCUCGACGUUCUCGGCCUUGCCGCCGCCCCCUGCCCCCGAGUGGCCGCCCGACCGGGACGACAUCGAGACGACGACCGACGAGUUUAGGGCCCUGUACGACUAUAUCAAGACGCGCCUUACCGACAACCAGACGGAAAGGGAGCGCCGCGCCGAGCUUUACGACAAGCUCAUCAUCAUCGGCGAGGACUACUGGGGAUUCUUCAUCCCGACCGGCACGCCGUUCGAGGUGCUCAUGGACCUGAGGACGACGACACGCGCGCUUCCGCUGCUCAGCUCGGAGCCCGAUUCAAACGUCCUGGACUGCGCGCGAUUCAGGGACACAGCGUUGUGGAUACACGAGGGAAAGCAGCUCGAGAAGCGUGUGCUCGGCUCCCUCAUCAACCUCGUUAUCGCUGCCAAGGUCGACGCUAUCCAGACCGAGUGCCGCCGCACGCGCACGCUGAGCCGGUUCAACGAGGUCAUCGGCCUCGCUCGCCACGGCUGGACCGACCCCGAGUUGCGCAGGAUGAGGCCCAUUCUCGCGCCCAUGUUCGCGUCACGUCUCGAGCUCCUGCGCGCGACUAUCCUCGCCGAGUGCGAGAAGCCCAAGUACAUUCGCGUCGCUGAGGGGCUCUGGUACAAGGUUGGGGACUUUGUCAACCGUGCCACGGGGUGUUCCUAA